UGAGGAUGCCGUCAGGUUGCCGUGGUUUCAACCUCUCUAUUUUUUGUGCCGACUGUCAACGGGGAUGUGUGUGUGGCUGUGUGCAGUUGAAGGUUUUCUGAGUGUGAGGCGUGAGGCGUGAUUCUUUAAUCAGUGAGAAUAUAUGACGGAAGGACGGAGAGAAGGAAGAGACGAAGGAAGGGAGCAAGGAGGUGUUAAAGGGUGAAUGUGGAUUAACGUUUCUGUAAAAAGGAACCGCAGUCUUCGCUGAGCUGCUAAAAUCUUUAUCCCUCUGCCUUUGAUUCUGCUCAGAGGUUGAAGAAAAGAAAAAAAAGACACUGAAUGUGAGAAAGAAGAAAACACUGAAGACACGUGAAUGAGAUAUUAAAGGAGACACUGUAUGCGACAGCGAAGAAGGAAUGGGGGGAGAUUGAGUCUCUACUGAUUCUCUGGUCCCCAGGAGAGUCAUGAGGUCUCAGGAGGAGGCGUCUUCCUUCAGGAGGUUCUUUCAGUAUGUGGAGGACAGUGGCCUUAGAACAUACGACAAUCUGGUUAUCCAAAAUGCCUCGGACAUCGCCAGAGAGAGCGACCGGAUCCGCAACCAGAAUAACUGGACUUACAUGCAGGAGAAACACCAGAAGAAGAGACGACAGGAAGAGGCCAUCAAAAGGAUUGGUGAAGAUGUAGCCAUGGCAACAGACGGGGCAUAUUCUGGAAAACAUUUCAGGAUGGGUUUCAUGACAAUGCCCGCACCGCAGGAUCGUCUGCCACCCCCAAGUCAGGGUUUCACCGUUCGAUCACAGUCCUUACACUCUGUGGGCGGAGAUGAUGACUGCAGUCCAAACCGUAAACAGCCCCCACCCAAACCAAAGCGAGACCCCAACACCAAACUGAGCAGCAGCUCUGAGAUGGUGAACGGAGGCACUGGAGUCCCAAAGACAGAUAUUGAAGAGACCAGAGAGACCUCAGAGCAGGCCGAAGCUGGAUGCCAUCUCUACAGUGAAGACUACAAGAAGAUGCCUCCACCUAAACCCAAAAGGAACCCAAACACUCAGCUCAGCACCUCCUUUGAUGAAUCUUAUAUCCAUAACCAUGACAACAGGAAGUCUUCUUUGCGAUGGGAUAAAUCUUCGUCCCAGAGUCCAGCAUCGAGGGACACGGAGGACGAGGAGCCUGUCUACAUUGAGAUGGUGGGGAAUUUUCCGCGAGAGCUGAAAGGUCAAGAAACUGAGGAGGACGAGCAGAGCGAGGCUGUGUACGAGGAGAUGAAGUAUCCCAUACUGGAGGACUUCCUGCAGGAUGCCCACUCCACCCUAUUAGAUCUUGAAGCCUGGACAUCCCGUGGAUCCAUCUGCGAUAUCCCUCCACCUUUCCCCAACCUCCUGACUCACCGUCCCCCGUUGCUCGUCUUCCCCCCCCUCCCUGCUCAGUGCUCCCCAAAUUCUGACGAGUCUCCUCUCACCCCUCUAGAGGUCACACGGCUGCCCAUGAUGGAAAAUCCCUCCUAUUCCAAGUCAGGUGGCGUCGAACAUCCUCAGAGCUCCACCCACCAUCGCAAGGAGCGGGAACGAGGCAGAGACCGGGACCUGGCCUCAACAAACAAAAUAACCUCCUCGGGCCGCUCAUCAGCUCCGCCUCUCCCCUCCAACCUCUACAAGUCCUCUGGCUCCGCCCACAGUGGGCAUGGUUACCCCCGCAGCCAAUCAGCGUGUCCUUCUCCGGUCAGCAUGGGCCGCUCUCUGACUCCCUUGAGCCUGAAGAGACCUCCACCAUAUGACACUCUGAUGGCAGGAGGGAGUAUGCCCCGUUCUUCCUCUUCCUCGUCCUCAUCCUCACACAGGGCCGGGGAGGCCAGCGCCAAGCUGAGUAACUCCUCCUCCACCCACGGCUCCAUGCAGAAUGUGUCGAUGAGGUCACAGACCCCCCCAAGCCCAUUGGAGGAACUCAACAAUCUGUUUACCUCAGGUAGACAGGUGAUGAAGAAAGUCACAGGAAGCAGGAAGACUAGAGGGAGUGAAGGAGACUGCAGGUCUCUACCAAGACACGGCAGCAAAGACAGAGAAGGACAGUCGAGUCCACUUCCAAGCAGGAUGGGGAGGUCAUCUGUGAGCCCCACCAUGAUGCUGUCAGGAGGAGCCGGAGGAGGAGAAUCUGCAGAAUCAAAGUUGGUGUGUAAACUUGGCCGUUCAGCUUCAACGUCAGGAGUUCCUUCACCAGGGGGGACGCCGCAUCGUCACCUGUAUGAGCUGCAUCACCCUGCCCUCAGCCAGAUGCCUUGGCUCAGCGGAGACGCCACCAUGAUGGAGAUGAUUGAGAAGAAACAAGUUUUAUGUCAAGAGAUUAAAGCUCGUCAGCAUCCUGAGAAGAAUCUCUGUAAACAGGACAGCAUGCCCAUCCUGCCCAGCUGGAAGAGAAAGCAGCCGCCGCCCUACGCCGCCGUCGCCGGACAGACGGCAGCAGUGUUCUGGGACACGGCCAUCUGAAAACAGCACACAGAAACCACGACUAUGUCCCUAUUCAAAAUAAGAUAAUUCUCCUACUAAGAUGUCAAUGUGGCCAAUAGAGAUCACAUGAAAUGUUUCCAUUGGGCCUUCAGUGAUGCCCAUCAGAUGAAUUUCUCUCGUGCCGUCAUUUUGCUCCUGUGGUGUUCCCUUGUUGUCACUGUUCCAUCUUUUGUUUUCAUGGUUCUUCAAAAAGGAAAACACGCAAGAAGUCAUGUUUAUUUUUGGAAUGUACUGAAUACACGUCCAAAGAAUCCUCCCGUAAACUGAGUCUAUUUCAGAAUAAUCUGUUUGGAUGAGUCGUAUCAAAGAAUAAUAUUAGUGUGCAUGUAAAUGUAGUCAUUGAUGGUGGUGGUGAUAAUGAUGAUGAUAAAUAUGAUGAUGAAGAUGAAGCCAUCAGGACACAUUAACAGCUUGUUUAUGCUCCGAACUGCUGUUUUUCUCUUUUUGUUUAAUGGACAGUAUCUGCUGACCCUUCACUGCCGUCAAUCAGUCUAUCGAGUUUAAUCAAAUUUACAAACAUCAGUUAGCGGAAGUUAAGCCUAACCCGUAUCACUGCGAGCUGUAGGCGUUAACACAUGAAUAAAGUUGUUAAAUUUAAAGUGAUGAAGCCUAUAUUACUGGACCUUCAAUUAUUAAUUAAUCAAGUAUGGCACUAAUAAAAAAAUACAGCAGAGAGUGUUGACAUCAAAGAGAAGAAAGAAAAUAACCAAAUAUCUAUAAAAUGAACAGAAACAACAACAUAAUUUCUACACAUUAUUCAAAUAAAUCAAUAUUUAAUACUCUAUUUACUGAGUCUGAUCAUGUGACAGUUUUUGUUAUCCCUAAACGGUAAAUAUUUUAAUACCUUGGUUUUUCAAAUUAUAAAAAGAUGUAUCCUAAUGGUUUUAUAAAUGAAGUCACCUCAUGUGGGUCUCGAUCCGGAUGUCUAGACCGAGUCAAAAAGAUUAUGUGAUAAAAUCAGUAUUAAGAAGAUAUUAACCAUUUUAUUUUGUACUAAUUAUUUAGCACUUAAAUUAACUAAAUUCUUUUACAAAAUAUGAAAAGCAUCAAACUAUUUGAGGAAACAGAAACAAUUAUUGUGCGUAGUUGAUCAGGUGUCCUUCUGUCCAGUCAGAGCACUGGGAGGUGUGGCCUAAAAGUGUAGCAAAGUUUUCUGUUGUCUUUCUGCUGGAUAUUUUUUAUAUCUGACCACGUGAAAAGAUUCAAAUGUAUUUUAAGGUUGUAUUUUAAGGUUAAGGGCAGUUGUGGAGCAAAAUGCCGUAAAGAGAAAAAAAAGUUUAUAAUCUCCACUCUGUGAAAAGAAUAAUCUGAAUAUGUCAAUCAAACAUGUUUUUAUAAUUAAAAGGUAAUCUGUGAA